UCCGACCGAAGAGGAGUCCCUCUGAAUCAAGAGGCAUCCCGCGUUGUAGUAAGUGACGUAGCAAUGUUCACCUUACCUGGGACAAUGAUUGAAAUUUAGACUUGGUGCAGUGCUUUCUAAGAACAAUGAUUAUAAGUGACAAUUAUAUCGUGAGUGACAUCUUGCGUGAAAUAUUUUAAAAUGAAAAAAGAUAAAAUGUGGUCGUUAGCGCCACUGGUGAUUCGGUUGGCUGCAAUCUCACUGGUGGCGCUGGCUCUCGCCGAUGGCGGUUCUGGUAGUCGUGGUUUGGCUACGGUGAAAACGCCAAGGCGCACAACCGUUAUGCCAAUAAGGAACACGGCAGCCAGUCAAAGAAAAGAACGCCGACGCAAUCGACGCCGAACUACACCUAAAACUACUACAACAACUACUACUGCAAUGUACGAUGACGACGAAGAGCACACCACCCCCGUCAUUACUACCACUGUCGACCCGCGCUCCUUCGAUCAUACUGAAAUGGGCAGCUGCGAAGUACCCCUGGGCAUGGAAAAUGGCAUGAUAUCAAAUGAGUCCCUCGCUGCCAGUUCAAGCUACGAUCAGAGCGUAUCUCCACUGAGCUCGAGGAUAAGAACCGAAAUACGAGGUGGUGCGUGGUGCCCUAAUGGGCUUAUAUCGACCCGCAGUCGUCAGUUUCUGGAAUUAGACCUCCAUGCUGAAUACAUGAUCACGGCUACCGAGUCUCAAGGUAGAUUCGCCAACUCUAUAGGAGUGGAGUUUGUAGAGAGUUACGCCGUGGAGUACUGGCGCGACGCCCUCAAGCGCUGGGUAAAAUAUAAGGAUUUCAACGGCAACCGAGAGAAAUAUACAAUUUGA